AUGGUAUUUCAGUCUGAAAACUCAGAUACGGAGAAUGAUUCUUCAUCCAAAGCAGAUGUGGACACAACUAUAACAUCAACACCUCCAUCUACAAAUGUUAGCAAUCAAGAUGAUGCGCAAAAUGAUCUUACUGAAAAGUUGAAAAAUGUCAACAUCAAUGAGGCCGAAGACACCGUUGACAAGUAUCGAGCAAUAAAACUUUUACAUGCUCUGAAUCCUUCUAAUAAACUCCGCUAUCAUGAUCUUUUACAGUCUGAUUUUCUUUCCGAGUUUGAAAGCACCGAUAUAUACACUGCAACAAUUAUUUUCAAACUAAUAACUUGGAAUUUAUGUCAACUACCACCAACAGAUAGUAUCGGUGGGUUUUUAAAGCUUGCUUCGGCCGAUAAAUAUGCAGAUAUGUACGUUUUUACCUUUCAAGAAACAGUCUCUCUAAGAUAUCUUGCAUCUAAUGACUCGGUGAUCAAUCGUUGGACUGAGGUGAUCCUCAAAAAUCUUCCAAAUGGCUACAAAGUGAUGCACAAAUCGGGAUUGAGUGGGCUUACAACCAUCCUCAUUGCAAAUCCGUCUCUUUCCCAAGAGAUAUCAGAUAUAAAUGUUGAUACCGUCGGAUUAGGAUAUCUCGGAUGGUACAAUAAGGGAUGUAUCUCACUCAAGUUUUCAGUGGGAAAAGUCGGCGAUACAAAACUAGCUGGGCUGCCUAUCCAAGUCCUUAACAUGCACUUGGUGCAUGGAGAAGAUACAUCUGCUUGCAAAUCCCGAAUGAAAAACCUCGAGAAAGUUGGAAACUCUGUCUCACUCGUAAAUAGUGAGGGACAUUUAACUCCAAAGUCCACAAAGAAUGUCUCAGAUAAGGUGCAAAGAGUGUUGCAACUUGAUGAUAUCGAGAUGGAUAAAAUUUCCAAGGCCACGAUAAGUUUAUCGGGGAUAUCUGAACCGCUAGCUACGAACGGUCUUAUUUUCGUUGCAGGUGAUUUGAAUUCAAGAUUGGAUGGAAUUGAUAGAGAUGCUAUUCUUUCUGCUAUCCGGGAAAAGCAAUAUAAAGUAUUGGUUGGAUAUGAUGAGCUGGCCACCAUUAUGUCGCAAAAUGAUGCCUUGAUAGGCUUUGAAGAGGGCCGUUUAUCGUUUGCACCAACAUAUAAACUAAAUUCGGCACGAGAAUACGAUCUUAAACGAAAGCCGGCUUAUACCGAUAGGAUAGCUUAUUGUGGAUCAAAAACACAAAUCAGGCAGAUCACAUAUGGAAGUUUGUCUGUUGAUGGGUCGGAUCAUCGUCCUGUUUAUUCUGAAUUCUGUGUUCACUCCAAACUGUUUCAUCCGGAAUUGCUUCAAAAGCAUUUGUUGAUUUUUGAGAAGUACUACAACAACGUUAUAUCCACUAUGAGGCUUUUGGAGUUCGAACCUAGUGAGAUAGUACAGCGCUGCUGUGUUGGAAUUCAAGAGUCUGUUUACAUGAACUUCAGUAAUCCAAGUGAUGAGCUGUUGAGCUACAAGAUAUCCGAAAUGAAUAAGGGAUUCUUCCAGUUGGCCACUUUCAGUAUUGAUGAUCCAAAGCCAAAGUCAUCUAUCGAACGCAAGUCGAAUAAACGAAUUAAGUUCAGUGUGUUGCCAAAAUCUCCGGGAACUAUUGCCGCCAAAUACUCUGUUACUUUACUAGGAUUUGAUUAUCAAAAAUACGUUACGAUUACCUUCAAUGCAGAGACAGUUAUUGGGUGUGCUUUGGAUGAGUUGACGGAGAAUCAAUUUGAAAAUAUACUUAACUGCUUUAAGUUCAUCAUUGCUGCUAAAAGCAGGGUUGGUCUAGUGUCGCAUUUUUCCGAGGUUGAAAGUUUAGACUCUCUCACACCAUUUGAGCAGACCCUACUUAAGCACAUAACACUUGAUACAGUUGACUUUAAAAUCCUUGCAGAGCACAAUACUUCGGCCGAUACAGGUUCUGUUGCAACAAUGGAUGUAAUAUAUGUUUGGAUGAGGUACUUGCCAGGCAUUAAUACUGGAGAUAAAAGAGGAAAGGCUGUUUUCUCGAAGCUUAUUGACCUCAUUAAAUUUUUGCAGAUGGACAACGAAACAGCCUAUGAACACUUUGGAUUUUUGUUUAACGACCAGUACGAAAUCUUGGACUACCUUGAGUCCAGCAAUCAUUGA